AUAAUUUUUAUUUUUGUUUAGAAAAAUGUUUGCAGUGAGCUGUAGUAUGGAGUUGUAUGAUGCAAGAGUAUUGAACAGGAAAAGAUCAAUGAAGGUUCGUGCUCUAGCUGAGAGCUACGACUGCAGAUGGUGUCAGCGAUCCUUCUCUAAACCAUACAAUCUCUAUAUACAUGAGAGAAGCCAUGCCACAGGUUUGUAUCAUUGUGAUAUCUGCGGGAAAGGGUUUAGAAGCAAGGAGAAUAUGAAAUGCCACAAAAUGAUGCACACUCCACCAGUUCAGAAACAGUUGGCAGGAAUCAUGACAGAAUGUGCUGCUUACUAAUCUAAUCAUUUAGAUCAAUUAUUUGAUCAAUUUAUCGAUCAAUUACUCGAUCAAUUAAUCAAUGGACUUUUUUCCAUUUCCUAACUUUCCCGGUGAUAUUAAAGGGUAAACUCGUGAAAAUAAAAUAUGUAUAUUUAUAAUAAUGCACUUUGUCCAACUUUUUUAAUUCCAGCUUUUUUAAACUGAUGUAAACUUAAAACCGAAGUUUAGAUUUAUAAAAGUAAAAACUUUGUAAUGAAAAAUUUAGAGUAGAAUUCUUAUGUGCCAUAUUGAAUUCAAUAUUUUUGCCUUUUCAAUUAUUUAACAAUUGUUUGCAAAAAAAGUGACAUCUUUUUCGAAUUUAAGUCGAAAUAUGUUUUGUCACAACUGUAUUGAUGGACAAAUAUCUUGUCCUAAAUCUGUCAGAAGAUUUAUGUACAACUUCUGUUCUGUUUUGUGUUGUACAAAAUAAGAUUUAUGUGUACAUGAGUCAAAUGUAAAUAAGAAAAUAUAUGUACUUUUUAAAUA